GUUCCGUCUCCAUCCUAGAGAACGUAAAGGUCCCGGUCAGGGCGUGUUGCUAAUUGAGCUCUUCCAGGCCAGGCAGCAGUCGUCUUUUCAACACUCGGCUGACUAAUGUUUAAUCUAAAGUAGAUAUGGAUUUCGACGCUUUAUUUAACGAAAAUACUAUUCAGUUUUCGGACUUCCAGGAGUUCACGUUUCUUCCUGGACACCAGAAGUUGACUGAGAGAGUGAGAAAACGACUGUAUUAUGGCCUGGAUAAAGACGUUUCUUUAGAUGCCCUCUCCUGCCCUGUCACAGAUAUUGCCGUCGAGAUCUUCCAGAAGUCUGCACCAAGUCCAAUACGAAAACUCCACAAGAAGUAUGCUGCUCAUGUUGCCAGGGAGGCUUGCAUCUCUCCGUGUGCCAUGAUGCUGGCUCUAGUUUACAUAGAAAGGCUCCGACACAGAAACCCUGAAUACCUACAAAAGAUCUCCUCCUCUGACCUCUUCCUGAUCUCCAUGAUGGUUGCCAGCAAGUACCUGUAUGAUGAAGGGGAGGAAGAAGAGGUUUUCAAUGAUGAGUGGGGAGCAGCAGGCAAGCUGGAUGUCCAAACUGUCAAUAACCUGGAGAUGAACUUCUUGAACGCUAUUGAGUGGAGCCUCUUCACGGAGCCAAAUGACUUCUUCGAUAUAUUGAAUCAGCUGGAAACCAGCAUUGCAGAGCGGCAGGGGAUGAAACGUGGCUGGUUUACCUACACUGACCUCUGUGUGCUGCUGGAGCAAUCAGCAUGGAGUCAUGCCCUCACAGCCAUCUACCAGCACUUUACCAAGGUAUCCUGUAUGCUUGGACUCGUCUACCUGACCAGUGUGGCCGGCCUUAUUGCCACCAGCGCUGUGCUGCACCAGCUCAGUCUCUCCAGGAGCGGCCAAUCCCUGCUUCCAGUUCCAGCUGAUAUCAGCCCAGCCCAACUUGAGACCUCCAACCUAAACCCAGAAGCUCCUCCUGCAGCCCAACGCCUCCCCUGUUGCAUUCUGGCCAAUAAGAGUCUGAACCGUCAGACCAGUGCACUCGGAAUCAGCCAGGACCAGAGACAAAAUCCUCCAUCGGCUUCCUCACAGACAUCCAUAUUGUGUCUCUGGGGCUCCCUCCUUGCCUCAAUGGGUCACAUACAUCCCGAAACAAAAUCUGAGAUGGAAAGUCCCCAAACCUGGUCUACUGCCUCCUUCUUCUGUCCUGGCUGUCUUGCAUUCCUCCCUCCACUUCAGUGCGGGCUUAGAAACACCUCCACCCCCUUCGCUCACGGGCCCCUUGAUAACCAUCAGCGUCAUGCAGCAUGGCCGGCCUCCAGCCUCUUUGAAGGCGCGGACAGGAGUCUGAACUCUCGCCUGGGGGGGGUAUUUCCUCCUGUAAAGCUGGGACCCUGCCAUCCAGAGUCUCUGUUACCUGUCGACAAAACCCAAGCUCUGCUCAUGCCUGGCUAGAGACCAGCCACUGCUGCCAACCUGUAGUGAUGGACUCUGGAAAUGAAACCAGCAUUGUUUUCAUGACUCAUCAACUGCAUCAAGUCAUGUUUUGUUUACUUUUCCAGAUCUAGAAUAACAGGUGCAAAGGCAGGAGUACUCCAUUUCAGACAUGGCGAGAGUCUGAAAACAGCACAGGGUGGAAGUUCACUUAUAGUUCACUAUCGCAGAAUACAUUUGCCAUAAGUAAAAUGCCAUAGCGUUCAGUUAAUGCUCUGCAACAUGCUUUUACUGCAGAGAUGAUCACGUUAAGUAAUUUGAAGAUAAUUUGAUAUGUUUUCCUUGGCUGCAACCAAACUGUUUUGCUACCCACAUUCGUUAUUGUUUGAAAGUUCAGACCUAUCGGAUGGUGAUGUAGGGCCUUUGAGAUUAGUGCGUUCUGAGUUAUUAUAUUACAGUUGUAAUAUUAAAGCUGCUUGCUACUUGGCAGGUUGAUGAAGGUAUGCGGAGGUUUCACAGUAUAACUGAAAGUUGAGUUUUUUUU